UCUCUAUCUCACUCUGAUUUUAGGGUUAGGGUCUCUCGUUUCGUCCACUUUCCAUUUCAAUUUCUCUCGUCUUCCAGUUAUGGCGAACCGUACAGACCCGUCGGCCAAGAGCAUAAGGGGGACGAACCCGCAGAACCUGGUGGAGAAGAUUGUACGGUCGAAGAUAUACCAGAACACGUACUGGAAGGAGCAGUGCUUCGGGUUGACGGCCGAAACCCUAGUGGACAAAGCCAUGGAGCUCGACCACAUCGGUGGGACCUUCGGAGGUAACCGUAAGCCCACGCCUUUCAUGUGCCUCGUGAUGAAGAUGCUUCAGAUCCAGCCGGAGAAGGAGAUCGUUAUUGAGUUCAUAAAAAACGACGACUACAAAUAUGUCCGGAUACUUGGUGCAUUUUAUUUGCGUCUUACGGGCACGGAUACUGAUGUGUACCAGUACCUAGAGCCUCUGUACAAUGACUAUCGGAAGUUGAGGAGAAAAUUGGCUGAUGGGAAUUAUGCCUUGACACAUGUGGAUGAGGUUAUUGAUGAACUUCUGACAAAAGAUUACUCAUGUGACAUUGCGAUGCCACGAAUUAAGAAAAGAUGGACUCUGGAAGCAACUGGUUCGUUGGAACUGAGAAAAAGUGCUUUGGAGGAGGACUUUGAGGAGGAGGAAGAGAAAGAGGAGAAUGAUCAACUUGAUGGAAUGGAUGAUGAAGUCCAUGAUAGGGAUUAUUAUCGUGGCCGAAGCCCUGUAAGGGAAAGGGACAGGGAUAGAAGACGCGACAGUCACAGAUACAGGGACCACGAUUAUGACAGAGACUAUGAUAGGGAUAGAGACUAUGAUAGGGAACGUGGACACGGACGAGAAAGAGAUAGGAAUAGAGACAGAGAUAGGGAUCGGGACCGUUAUCGACUAAGAGAUGAAAAGGAUCUUGGUCGCGAUAGGGGCCGGGAUAGGCGAGAGAGGGAUCGUGGCAGGAGGAGGAGCUAUUCAAGGAGCAGAAGUCGGAGUAGGGAUCGUGAGGGUGGGGAUAAUCGCAAAAGACAUGGCCGCAGCAGCAUGAGUCCCAGGAGACGGGAUGGGCAUGAUGAGCAUGGCACUCGUGAGGAGUCGAAGAAGAAGAAAGAAAAGAAGGAGAAGAAGACUGAUGGGACAGACCAUCCAGAUCCAGAGAUUGCUGAAGCGAACAGGCUCCGUGCAUCUCUUGGAUUGAAACCUCUGAAGAUGUGAUAAAGUUGGUUGACCUAGUUCAUGUUAAUGCGAAUGUAUUUCAACUGGCUUUGGAUUUGUGAACCUUUUACAGCUAGUGCUUUCAGUAUCUCCUGUACAUCCAUUAAGUGGCACUCGAGUACAUGUAAAGAUCAUUUUUAGCAGUCAUUUUUCAGGAUAAACUGUAACUCUUGGUUUUGUGUAUGGUACUAUGGACCAAAACAAAUGCCGUGCAUUUGUGAAAGCGUUAACAACACUAUUUAAUAUAACAAGGACUAAAUACUUUUA